AAAUACUAUUCAACGCGAGGAAUUGUGAUUCUUAGGCAAACAAUGACAGUGUUUUAUCAUGAACCAUUAUCAACAAUAGGCAAUGCAGCAGUAUCAUUUCAAUAAACCUCAGUCGGACCUGCUACCUUACUUGCAAUAAUAUCUCAAAAUAAUUAUGCUUUUCCAACAAAAUAUAACGGGCAGGCAUGGGAUAUAUUGCUUUUUAGAAGGUAGUGGACAUCGAAACUGAAUACGAUCCAUUAUUCUGAUGUAUGACUUCGCCAGCACAAUUUUAGCAGUGUGUAUCGAGAAUCAGUCAGAAUUUCACCAGUCAAGUAAACAUGGCAAAGUCUACCUUCCUUGCUUCUACAUGUAUGAUCCUCGUUUUGGGUAUCAUCUGUGGUGUCAUCUUGCAGCCGAUAUCAGGAUGCUCCUGCGGACCCGGAUAUAAGGACCCAGCUUUUUGCUCCUUCGAUUUCGGUAUCAACGGAACUGUGGUUGAUAUUAAUGGAAACGUCACUUUGCAAGAAGAUCUGGUAUACAGCGUCAACGUACACGACGUAUACCGAAACACAUCGGAGGGAAUAUUUCUUAACGAAAUCCUGGAUAUAAGAACUUCGGCGACCUCCUGCGGCUUCCACAAUUUUGAAAUUGGCAAUGUCUACCUAAUUGCAGGAGGAUUUUCAGGAGUCUACACCAUAGAGUCGUGUUAUGCCGUUGUCAUCGGAUACAAUGAUGACGGGGAGCCGUAUAGAGAUGUCGACAUACCGUGCUCGACGACGUCGGUAACCAUCGCCUCAUCGGUCGUCGUCAUAUCAUUCCUAUUCACUUUGCUAUUCGUAUGAACUCGUGGAAGCAUGUCUUUUAGUACUGUCAUGAUUUGCACCACGAUUCAUACGGCGUACUUACUCGUAGAGUUAUCGUAGUGAUCUUAUCAGAUCGUAUCAGAUCAUAUCAGGGCCCCGUCUUACAAAGAGUUACGAUUGAUCCAAUCAAUCGUAACUCUAUGGAAAUCCAUCGGUGUCAUA